AUGUCUGAAGCUGAUAGUUCUCUCAAGAGAAAUAACGAGGAAAGCGUUUCUUCUGGGAACGAUACUGCUACUAUCUCCAAAAAGCUCAAAGCUUCAACCGUACAAAAGCUUCGUCCAAUUAGCUUGGAUUAUAGUGGAUUAGCCCAUAUCAAGAAAGAAUAUGUUAUUACUGAACUGGACAAUACUGUGAAAUAUCUUGAAGUUGAUGAUGAUGCUGCCGAACAAAAUGAUAAGGCUGAUGCCAUUGAAGCCUCCGGAGAUGGUGGAAAAGGCAAAAAGAAAGAAAAGAAAAGAGGUCAGAAUAAAAAGAGAGAUUUGAUCCAACCUAAGGAUAAAGUCCAACUUUGUUCAUAUUAUGUGGAUCCAAGCCAUAUUAAGGACCAUCCAUGUUCUUAUGGUGACAAGUGCAACAGAUGUCAUGACGUGGAAAAAUAUUUGGAAGCCAAAUUGCCGGAUAUCGAAGUCACUAAGUGUCCUAACUUUGAAGCAUUUGGGGUUUGUUCUGCAGGUAUCAAGUGCCGUUGGUUGAAACACCAUUAUAACAAGGAAACCGGAGAGCUCAUAAAAGAUUUGGAGAAAAAUGAAAAGGCGAUCAAAGAAGGAAACUAUGAAGUGAAUAAGAUUUCACAUGAACAAAAGUUGAGAUUGAGUACAUCUAAAAGAAACCGUGAGAAGAAUUUUGAUUUCAAGAGAAGUAACGAAAUCAUCGAGUACUUGGAUAAGAUUACCAAACAUAACGCUAAAUGGAAUAAUUCCGGAGACGGCGAAGAAAUCAAGGGUGAUACCGACAAUGCCAUUGAAGAGAGAAAGCAACACCAAUUUGAUUAUGUGGAAGCACCAGUUAAGGCUUGGGAAAAGAAGAAACUUAAUUACAAUAAAACCAAAGUGAUUUCUCCUUUGACAACAGUGGGUAAUUUACCAUACAGAAGGCUCAUGAAGAAACUUUAUGAUGUUGAUACCACCUUUUCUGAAAUGGCCCUUUCUACUCCUUUAAUUCAGGGUCAGAAUUCCGAAUGGGCAUUGAUGAAGGCUCAUGCUUCGGAAAUCCCGGGCUUUGCUGCUCAAAUAGCUGCUUCUAAACCUUGGCAAGCGGUUAAAGCCACGGAAUUAAUCAGCGAAUUCACCCCAAACAUGUCGGAAAUCAAUUUGAAUUGUGGUUGUCCAAUCGACUUGCUUUUCAAACAAGGUGCUGGUUCUGGAUUGCUUGAACAGCCUGCCAAGACCGAAAGAAUCUUGAAAGGAAUGAACUUGGUCAGUAAUGAUAUUCCAGUCACCGUGAAAAUCCGGAUGGGCACUAGAGAUGAUAGUCCAAUGGCAGAUCAUUUGGUCAAGAGAUUUUUGUACGCCAAUGAUAACACCACCGGGGUUCCAGAUAUUGGGGCCAUCACUCUCCAUGGGAGAUCUAGACAACAAAGAUACACCAAGUUAGCGGACUGGGAUUAUGUUUCUAAAGUUGGCCAAAUUGUCCAGGAUUAUAACCACAAGCAAGAAGAAAAUAAAGAUUCUUAUGAUCUUCCAAAUAAGGUGUUUUUUAUUGCCAAUGGUGAUUGUUACAACUACCAGGACUGGCAUAAUUUGACCGCUGAAGGUACUGGCAUUGAUACUGUUAUGGUUGCUAGAGGGGCACUUAUCAAGCCUUGGUUAUUUGAUGAAAUCUCUGCUGGUCAAUAUUUGGAUAAGAGCGCUAGUGAAAGAUUAGACAUUAUCAAACAAUACUCUGAAUUUGCUAUUAACCAUUGGGGAAGUGACGAAUAUGGUGUGAAUCUUUCCAGAAGAUUCUUAUGUGAAUGGUUGAGUUUCACUUAUAGAUAUAUUCCUGUAGGAAUUUUGGAAAGAUUGCCAAAUCAAAUUAACGAAAGACCACCAAAAUGGAAGGGAAGAAAUGAAUUGGAAACUUUGUUGGCGUCAGGUGAUUAUAAAGAUUGGAUCAAAAUUACCGAGAUGUUUUUGGGGCCUGUUCAUCCAAACUUCGGUUUCAUUCCAAAACAUAAGAGUAACGCUUAUUAA